CGGGACACCGAGUGCCCACCAUAGACAAAGACUCUAUGAUCUUUAUAAUUCUAUGGGGCCCACGCUGCCCCCAAUAAGUAUUUUAGCUGUCUUUCAUAAGAUUAAAUCAAAUUGUCAAAAAGCAAAAUGUCAUAACUGUUAGAUUUCAUAUUUAGGCAAUCCAAAUUUUUUGUGGAGCUUCGUUGAUAUGUGAAUCUGUUUUCUUCGAGCGGAAGAAACAUGGGCAAAGUUAACAACGAACCGCUGGGAAAAUCGAAAACAGCAAGCGAGGAAAAUGUACAGGAAAUCGCGAAUAAGGUGAUUGAAAAGUGUAGGAAUGCGCUUGGAGUCAAGAACUUGAUGAAAAAGGGUCAGAUCACAGGAAAAGCAUGUGCUUCCAAAUUGUCAUUGGAUAAAGUAUCCCAAGAUAUAAAAAAUAUAUUGAAUCAAUUAGGUAAGGGAACGACCAAAGCGGCCAAACGUCCAUCGGCGCCCCUCCAACUGAAAAUACAACAGAGGGAAUUCUUCAAGACGGAAACAGCCAGAAAAAUGAAAAGGCAAAACGUCAAGGGAAAACCGAGCGUCCAAAACACUUCUACCAUCAACUUUUACAAGCCGUCGCGAAACUUGAGAAAAGGAGACAGCGUGAGGGGCAUAAGAUCGGGGAACUUCUCCAAGUCCGGCAGCCUCAACACCAUACACUCCAGUUCUCUAUUCAAGAAAGUACCGAUUACCAGAUCCGAACUGCAGAACUUCAAACGGAGGGUAGAACUGACCGCGUUGGAAGCUAUAAAGUCGCCAGAGUUGAUCAAGCUGAUCGACAAGGAGAAGGUCGCGAGAAACGUGAAGAGCCUGAUGAAAGAAGCUCUGGCAGAGGGCAAAAACACCCAUAAAAUACCGGUCAUCGACGUGGGCUCGUUCAUCAACAAACUUGCGGCCAACGACGAUGUACCAGACGAGAAAACCUUGGCCGAAAGGAUCAUCACCUGCUACCCGAGCAAGACCGAGUUGGAUAUCGAGAAAUCGGACGAGAUUUACAACAAGAAGGCUAGAGGGGAAGACUCGAAAAGCGACAAUUUCGUAUCUUCGACGCAGAACUGCAAGAAGAAAAUGGAGGAAAACCGGGCGCACUCAGAUGUACAAUCGCUUAAAUCCUCACCGAAUAACGUCACCACCAAUCGCUUACCCGCAAGGACCAGUUCGACCGCUCAGGGACAUUCUAAAACUACGGGAAACCUGACGGGAAGGCAGAAACCACAGGUGCAGAAGAACGCGGCUAACCCUAACCAGGCGUCCCAGAAAACGCCGUCCGUGACCGACGGCGAAGCGACUGACCAAGCUUCGUCGCCUAGUCAAAAAAAAAUGAUCGCAAAGACGAGCAAGAACGGCGGACCGGACGUGGUCGGCAGGGGAAAUAACAGGAGCAACGCCAAGACGAGGUCCAACUCGACUUUGAGCAACGCAUCGAACAAUAAUAAGCAGAUAGCGUCUUCUAACCCCAAAUCGUCGACUGUUCAAAGAGAGUCGCAACGUCGGCUGAUGUCCGCCCCGGUUCGCUCGUUCUCGUCCGCGUCCUCCAGGUUCCUCUACGGCUCCAAGACCAGCCAUUCCGGCAUGGGAGCCUCCUCCCACAGCUAUUUCGGCAAGGUGAAACCGACGAAUUCGGGCAUGAAACGAAACGUCGACCCCGUCCUUCAGCUGAAGGAGGAGGUCAACAGGGCCAUCAAGGAGAAGAAGACGUUCACCGUUGCCGGACAAUAUCCGGCGAUCAGGAGGGCCCUGGUCCGGAGAGGAUGGGUAGAAAAGUUCAAUGUGUGUAACAGGGAAAGACUACAGAAUGAAAUGAACGCCUUGAGGAACAGAUCGAUAAACCAGCUGGUGGAUCUUUUGCACGUGAAAGAUCUGAACGAGAUAUGCAAGAAAUUGAUAAGGUCCAAGCUGCUCGGCAGUCACCAGGUGGACCUGUAUUGGGGACACAACUACGACGGCUUCAAGGUGAACAACGACAAAGUGAAACUGACCAAGAUAAACAGGUUCAGGAGGGACGUGUUCAGCUACACCAGCAAACAGGGGCUGUGCGACGCGGCCAAGAACGCUCACUGGUUCAAUUUUCCCGGAUUGGCGCACAUCAAUCAUCCGAGGACGUACGCCCUGGCCAAGAACGGCGAAACCAAGGACUUCAUCAAGGACUUUCGGCGUACCGCAGCUAUGUCCCUCCUCAAAUGGAUUAUCCGAAGCCACGAGACGAAAGAAUGUAAGAUCAUCAGCUUAUCGGGUAAGAUCCCCUUGGAAGCGUUCCAAUUCGCGUGCAACGAAUGUUACAAGAUGGUCAUUGAAGCUAAUAAUCAGGACAUUGAUCAACCACUGAAAGAGGCUCACGAUCACGAAUGGUCCCAGUUCUUGGAAUAUUACUACAAGAUCCUGCACAUAGGCAAUCACUUCAAAGCGAUCAACACGGAAACCGAGGAUAGCAUAGUGGAAAAAUCGCAGUACCUCAUAGACAAGCUGUCGCCCCAUUAUCCGCACCUCAGGAUGGACGGCACAAUGAACAUAUGGAUACUGAAACCGGCGGUCGGUUCUCAGGGUAAAGGCAUCCAUAUAUGCAGGACUCUUCGUUACAUAAUGAACACGGUUAGAUCGAACAGCACCGUCAAGUAUAUAGCGCAAAAGUAUAUAGAACGUCCCCUGUUGAUCUUCAAUACGAAAUUCGACAUACGGCAGUGGUUUUUGAUCAGUUGUGCCCUUCCUCUCACCAUUUGGAUGUAUAAAGAAUGCUACCUGCGAUUCAGCUCGCAGACCUACAACCUGCGCAAACUGCACGAGUCCGUCCAUCUGACCAACAAUUCCGUGCAGAAACACUACCAGAACACCUCCUUCGACAUCACGCUGCCCAAUUACAACAUGUGGGACUCGAUCCAGUUCAGGAACUACCUGUCCAACAUCGGUUAUCCGGACAUCUACAGGAAGGUCAUCUACAAGGGCAUGAAAGAGUGCAUAAUCGGCGCGGUCAUGAUCCAUCAGGACAAGAUCGACAAGAGGAAGAACUGCUUCGAGCUGUACGGCGCCGAUUUCAUGCUGACCGAGGACUUUCAGCCCUGGCUGAUCGAGAUCAAUUCCAGUCCGGCCCUGUUCGCUUCGACGCCGAUCACGUCCAGGAUGUGCCCGCAGGUUUUGGAGGACACCAUCAAAGUGGUCGUCGAUCACGCCGCGAACCCGAAGGCCAAAACCGGCAACUUCGAGCUGAUCUAUUCGCAGCCGACGGUACAUUGCAACAACAGCGCGAACAUAAACAGCAUGAAGAUAUCCGGAAAACGCCUACCCAAGAGCUAUUUCUGCCUCGAGGAAGACAGGCUCGCCCAGAGGAUCAAACCUCUGUCGAUCGCCGAAAAUCUUCAGAUGGAGAAGACCCUGUCGAAAUCCAAGUCGGAAAUACUGACCGACGGCGUUAAGGAAACGCUCGAGAACCUGCUGAAGUUUAUUCAGAGCGAGAAGAAACGGAGGCAGAAGAAGAAACUGAUCACCAAAGGUACGGACCCGAUAACGCCGUUGCAAGAGAGCAUCGAGGAAAAAAGUUUCUCUUCUACAAGCACGAAUUUAUCUUUCGCGAGCCUGAAGUCUAAUCUGAACGUACUGGCGAGUUCGAGCAAGAUUUCCUUCACGAAAGAAGACGAGAACAUGUUGGAUCAGGCCCUGAAGAUGCUGAAGAGCAAGAGAGACAGCGAAGUUGUGAAAUAUUUGCUGGAUAUCGUGGAGAGGAUCGCAAAUAGAGCGUCGGCGUAAAGCGUAAAACACGUUCUUCAUGAUUAAAUUUUACAAAUAUA